AUGGCGGAUGAUAAUAGAUAUAUAUCGAACAAAUAUUUAGAAGAAUUUGAAGAAAAUGAACUUAAUUUAAACAUAAUAAAAAAAAAAAUAAUUGAAUUUUCUUUAAAAUUAAACAAUGAAAUUGAGAAUCAUAGAAACUAUUCAGUUUAUUGUGGAGUAGGAGGAAUCUUAUAUAUGAAUAUAAUAUUAUAUGAGUGUAGUAAAGAUGUUAAGUAUUUAGAAUUAGGUAAAAAUAUCAUAAGAUAUUUGAAUAAUCAUAAACAAAAAAAUACGAUAACCUUUCUUGAGGGUAUUACAGGAAUAUAUAGCUUGUCUAGCAUGUUAUACCAUUAUUUAGAAAACAAAAAAAGUUUUAGUUAUAUUGAAUUAUUGGUCAAUCAUUUAAGGUACAAUAAGGAUGAAUUAAGAAGUGUGAAUGAGGAAUGUGAAUUAUUAUAUGGUAAGUGUGGUUAUAUAUAUUCUUUUUUAUUUUGUAGAAAUGUAUGGCUUAACUCAAUAUAUAAAAAUACUAUUUUGAAAAAUUUAUAUUUUAUUAUGAAUUCUAUAUUUGAAUAUGGUUUAACAAAAUGCACUAAUAUGCGUAAUAUUACAUCAUUAUCUUUAUACUUCGAAUGGCAUGGAAAAAUUUAUUUAGGUGCUGCACAUGGGUAUGCGGGAAUAUUAUUUGUUUUAUUUAAUCUUAUAAUAUUUUUUCUUGAUCAUAUAAAUGAGUUAUGUUUAUCAUUAAUUGGAGAAAAUAAUGACAUAGGGGAAGAUGGAAGAAAAGAAAAAUUAGAGAAAUGUAAAGAUUUGACAACAGAUAAAUUAAAUAAUUAUAUAAAAUUAAUAUAUAAAGUAACUGAUGAAAUAUUAAGUUUAUAUGUAACAGAUGAUUUUAAUGUCUACUCAUCAAUAAGAAAAGAAAAGAUACAAAAGAAAAAGGAGAUAUUAAUACAAUGGUGUCAUGGAAAUCCAGGUUUUAUUAUUCUAUUAAUUGAAUUAUUAAAAUAUGAAAAAGUACCAAAUUAUUUUCAAAAUAAAUAUAGUAAUCAAUUUAUUGAAAAAAUGGGAUUAUUAAUAUGGGAAAAAGGACUAUUAUCAAAAGGAUUAGGAUUAUGCCAUGGUAUAUCUGGUAAUGGUAUUAUUUUUUUGUAUUUAUAUAAUUAUACUAAAGAUAAAAUAUGGUAUAUCAGAUCUUUAAAAUAUGCUCUUUUUUCAAUUAAAUUUUUUGAUAGAUUUUAUAAUUUACCUGACAGACCUGAUUCUUUAUUUGAAGGGUAUGCAGCUUUAGUUGUUUUUUUAAGUUUUAUUUUAAAACCUGAAUUAAAUUAUUUCUUAGGUCAUGAUUUUUCUAAGUUUUUAGUGAAUGAUUAA